AUGGCGAAAGGCACUAUCACUACCAGCAACGUGACUUCCUGGGGUUCAUUGGCGCCGUGCCUAGAGACCCUCGAGUCGCACGUCGUUCUCGUCCAGGAGCAUCACCGACGGGACGAGGCGAAGCUCGCCGACCUGCAGCACGAGGUGCUGGAUCACGGGUUCGCGGGCAUCUGGGCGCCAGCAGUGGCAGGCCCCACCUCCGCGGAGGGCACUACGGGCGGCGUCGCGGUCUUGGCCCGCAAGAACAUCCCCGUCACGGCCCCGCCGCUGCUGCCCUCGGCGACACUGUGGCCAGGGCGACUGGUGGCCGCCCACGUGCACUGGGGAGUCCGUGGCGGCAUUGUAUUCGUGUCGGCCUACCUGGUCGACAGCGUUGGCAUGAACGACGUGAACCGAAGCAUCUUCGGCGCGCUCACUCGCUACCUCACGAAGCUCACGGCCUCGGGCAUCGAUUGGAUCGUCGGCGGCGACUUCAAUGGGCCUCCCAGCUGCCUGCCCCUGGCGCAGUUGGAAAAGGCGGGGGGCCUCUGGCUAGCGCCGUCGGCCGACACCUGCCGCCCACAGGCGGGCAGCGGCUCGGUGCUGGACUACUUUCUGGUCGGUGCAAACCUGGCCAGCCGCAUCUCGGCUCCGAGAGUGGACGAGUUGGGCAUCACCUCCCCGCACCUCCCUGUCAACAUGGAGCUGCGUGCCGCCGACCUGGACAUGCGCGUGAGGAUCCCGAUCGCCCCCAGGGCGAUUCCAGCGGCGCCGCCCAUCGGCUGCAGCCGCGGUGUCGAGGACUGGGCGCCCACUUUGGCCCAGGUGCGCGCCACAACCAGCGCCGAGGAGCUGCCAGCAGCCUGGGACGCCGUCGUCAGCACCUUGGAGCAGGAGCUGUUGGACCGCUACGACCAGGUUGGCGAAGCGCGCAGGCGGUUCGAAGGACGUGCGGGGCCCAUUGCGACCAAGCUGGCGCCAGUCAAGUGGAAGCCGCAAGGGCAGCGUGUCCGAUUGGGGCCUGAUGUCAUCGCGGCCAAGGUCGCGGGCCGAUGGGCGCGUCACUUCAUGGGGGUCAGCGCGUUCCUCGCGAAGGCCAGCAGGAGGCUGCAAACCGCCAGCCUGCAGUGCUCCCUUGUCCCUGAGCAGUACCACGAGCUGGCGGACUUCGUCGUGAGGGCUUUGGAGUAUGGGCGCGUGGUUAUGGACAGCAAGAAGACGCUAGCACUGCUCCCGCAUUGGGUGAGGUCCUUCUUCGAGCAGGGCUUUCGCGUGAUCGGCAACACCGACUUCCUGGAGCAGGCGGGCCGCAUCGUCCAGUUCGCCAAGGACGCCCACGCGGACGCGCUCAAGGUCAGGCAGCAGAGCUGGAUCCAGUGGGCCAACGACAGCCUGCGGAACGGCGCUGGCAAGGCGCACCGCUUCACCAAGCUGCGGGCGAUGCAGGAGGUGCUGGCGCAAUGGCAGGGCACCCACACCGAGCUCACCACUGGACGGCUCGCCCAGACCUUCGUCCCGCAGCAGCAGGUCGCCAGCCAGCACCUGAUCUGCGACCGGGAGAUGAAGGCCUGGGAGGACGUCUGGUCGUGCCACAAGCUCGAGGCGCUGGAAAGGCCAGCUGACUUCGACGAAUGGGACGACCUCGAAGACCUCACCGUGGAGGCGCUGCAGCGGGCCGCCUGCAGCUUCCCCACCACCACGGCGCUCGGCCCAGCGCAGAUCGGCAUGCGCGCGCUCACCUUUCUCACGGACGACGGCGUUUACACCUGCGGCCAGCUCUUCAUGAAGUGCGAGGCGCUGGGGGCUUGGCCCAGCGAAAGGCUGUGGCACGCUAUGUGCCGCAUCCCCAAGGCCUCUGGCGGCUGCAGGCUGAUCACGCUGAUGCACUCGCUAAUCCGAUGGUGGUCGAGGGCUCGUGCCUCGACGUCCAAGGCGUGGCUGACGGCGCACCCCAAUGCCAGCAUUUGGGGCAUGGGCGGCGGCAGAUCGUCCUCCGACUCCGCCUUCGACCUCAACCUUGAGACGGAGGUAUCGGACUGCCUGGACGAGCACGUCGUAAUCGUCAUGCUGGACGCCUGGAAGUUCUUCGAGACGAUUAAGCCCGAGUGGCUACUCAUCGAGGCGCGGCUGCUGGGCAUGCCGCUGCGGUUGGUCUGGAUGUUGAUUGAGCUAUACAGGCAGCCGAGGCGGCUGCAAGCUUUCGGCUCGGUGUCCUACGCGGUCGUGUCACAUCAGGGCGUGCUCGCAGGAUGCACUCACGCCUGUGCCAUGGUCACCUUGCUCAUGUUCAGGCUGCUCGAGCAGGUGCGAGAUGCAGGCGUCACCCCGAGGGCCCUCAUCGACGACGUCACCUUGCAGUGGCGCGGGAGGCGGCUCUCGCAACUGGGCGUGCUUUGGGCGGCCACCACCAGGUUCCGCGAGGGCGCCCAAGAGCGAGGCAUUGUCGUGCAGCCCACCAAGUCGGGCUACUUGGUCUCAUCGGACGCGGCUGCUCGCGAGUGUGCCCGACACGCGGCGGCCCGCAAGCUGACCAAGACGCGCUGGGCCCGCAACCUGGGGCACGAUCUGGGCGGGCGCAGAAUCGCUAGGCUCCAGACGGCAAAGCGGGUGCGGCAGCUCAAGGAGCGGCGCGGCAAGUUGGCAGCUUUCAGAGGGGCAGACGUCAGGAUGCAUCUGACCAGCGGCGUGCAACGCUGGCAGGCGAGGCAGAUCGCGGCGCACCACCGCCAGCACGGCGAGGUCAAGCCUUGGGUGCGGGCCAUGCGGCUCUGCGUGGGCGACGGGCGCGCGGCUUUGGCGGAGGGCCCGUCGGCCACCAGCCUGCGUCACCACUGGGCGACGGUGGCCUGGACGCAACAGGCCCAGCACGACCUUGGGCUGGCGGCGGCGCCGAAUUGCAGGGCCUGCGGACAUCCGUCCGACUCGCCAGGGCACAGAUUUUUCGGCUGCGAGGUACUCGUGCAGCCGCUCACAGAGGAGGAGCAGGACGAGCAGCUGCCGCCCGAGCCGAUGCAGGCCAUCCGCACCUUCAUGUGCGACAAAGGCCUGCAGGAGGGCGGCAGCUUCGAGAGCGCCGGCUUCCAAAUGUGCUUGCCCUGCAUGCCGCCUUUCGUGCCGCCCGCCGCGGAGCAGGCCGAGGUGAAGUUCUGGGGCUGCUGGCCUAGCCAAGGGGCGGACACGGCUUCCUGCAGCAACGCCGUCUUCACCGAGGGCUCAGGCUUCGCGUCCAGCAUGCCCGAGCUGAGGCGCUGCGGAUGGGCCUUCGUGCAGCUUUCCCUCCAGGGACUGCCUGUUCGGGCGGCGUUCGGGGCGCUGCCAGGGCCGCUCCAGACGGUCGGGCGCGCGGAGAGGCACGCGCUGCUGCAGGCAUUGCGGCUCGCGGGGCCGCAGCUCGAGUUCGUCUUCACCGACCUACUGUCGAUGGAGAAGGAAUGCAGCCACUGGGGGCAGGAGCUAGAGGAGGCGCGAGCGGCACAUGCCACAGUGUGGAGACGGAUUCGUGCCCAGCCAGCGCGGCCUGAAGUGAGAUGGAUCCCCGCGCAUCAGGACAUGGAUGCGUACUUGGACCGAGGCCUCCACCCGCUGCUGUACUCUGGCAACAUGUGGGCCGACUGGUUCGCUCGGCAAGGAGCCAUGCAGCACACCGUGUCGAAGGUGUACGAGGAGUUCUACAACAUCGAGCUGCAACACUACAAGAGCCUGGCAAAUUACGUCGGCUGGGCGAUGCAGAGGACGAUGCACGCAGGCCGCUGGGAUGCGCCCGAGCAGACAGCCCGCCCGCCAAAGGUGCCCAAGGUGCAGGCGGCGACUGUGAUCAGCCACUCCCUUGUUCGCCUGAACGGGACGGCGGUGGUGCUGUGCCGCGCUUGCUGCAGGCAGACCAGCGGGCAGACGGGGCCCACAUGGACGCAGUUCGCGCGUUCAGCUUGCGAGGCCAGCCAGUACACCGCGCUGCGGGCCGAGGCCAUCAUCGCGCACGUCGGCGCGCAGCCCAUUGUGGUCUCGGAGGCGGGCGAGUUCGCUAUGCAGGCGAUCGAGCGAGCGGCGUGCCCCGAAGAUGCGGGGCCCAGGCCAGCCGAGCCUGCCCCCUGGGGCUCAGGGGACGGCACCAUCGAGAUGCAGGGGCACAGGCUGAGGCGCGCAGGGCCCACCAUCUACUGCGAGGUAUGCGUGGCGUGGGCGGCGACAGGCUCCUCACUGGCCCUGGCUGCGCCCUGCGCUGGCCCGCCCAGCGCCGAGGGCAAGAACCAGCGCACCUACCUGUCCAACCUCAUGGCGCGGCUCAAGAAGCUCAGCCAAGGGCUGCACCCCAAGACAGGAAAGGUGCUCACUUGGGGAGGUGCAGGCGAGGCUCCAGACGGCCCCAGAACAUGGGCCACAGCGGCGGCCAGCGCGGCCGCGGGCGACAUGGCCUCUGGGGGCGACGGCGCUGCAGAGAGGCCAAGCGGCAGGCACGCGCAGAAGGAACAGGGCGAGGCGACCAGGCCUGGCCAGGACCACGAGACGCGCGAG